AUGCGCAGGAGCCCGCCGCCCGGGCAGCCCAGCCCGGUCCGCGAGAGGAGCGGAGAUAUCGCUUCCGGUCCCAAUGGCAGCCCGAGAGGGUCAAACCCUCGCAGGGGGCGGGGAGAGGGCAGAGGGGCGGAGCCAGGUCUAGGGCGCCGCGACCGGUGUGGUAGCGCGCGCUGCUGCCGCUGCUGCCUCAGCCGCCUCGUGAGGUCGCUGCAGUGGCGGGAGACGGAGCUGUCGUUGCGCGAGCCGGCGGAGUCACUCCCUCAGCGCGGGGACGCUCCUUCAGCGCGGGAUCACUCACCCUCAGCGCAGGGCCACUCACUACCUCAGCGCGGGGUCGCUCCCUCAGCGCGGGAUCACUCACCCUCAGCGCAGGGCCACUCACUACCUCAGCGCGGGGUCGCUCCCUCAGCGCGGGAUCACUCACCCUCAGCGCGGGGUCGCUCCUUCAGCUCGGGAUCACUCACCCUCAGCGCAGGGCCAGUCACUACCUCAGCGCGGGAUCGCUCCCUCAGCGCGGUAUCACUCACCCUCAGCGCAGGGCCAGUCACUACCUCAGCGCGGGGUCGCUCCCUCAGCGCAGGGCCAGUCACUACCUCAGCGCGGGAUCGCUCCCUCAGCGCGGGAUCACUCACCCUCAGCGUGGGGUCGCUCCUUCAGCGCGGGAUCACUCACCCUCAGCGUGGGGUCGCUCCUUCAGCGCGGGAUCACUCACCCUCAGCGCAGGGCCACUCACUACCUCAGCGCAGGGUCGCUCCUUCAGCUCAGGAUCACUCACCCUUUGCGCGGGGCCACUCACUACCUCAGCGCGGGGUCGCUCCCUCAGCGCGGGAUCACUCACCCUCAGCGUGGGGUCGCUCCUUCAGCGCGGGAUCACUCACCCUCAGCACGGGGCUACUCACUACCUCAGCGCAGGGUCGCUCCUUCAGCACGCGCUCUUUCUUUAAUUGCUGUGUGAUACUGGACGCCAACAGCAAAAUGGGCAAUGAGAACAGUAGUGCAGAAAAUCAGAACUCUCCAGAAGAUUCAGAAUUAGGCCAACCUCCUGGUAAUGGGCACAGUUUAAAAAGGAGCCCUCAGGAAAGCAGCAUAGAAAAGUCGGGAGGUCAGGACAUCUCGGAUCUUCCUGCUGCUGCUGAGCUGCCUGAGAGCAUAUUCCCAUCAAUUCCUGGGCCUACAAGCAUCAGUAAUGAAGGCAACAGUAGCUACAGUGCUGAAGAUUUAUCCAAUCCAAAUUCAAGCAUGGUGUCUUCAGAGGUGACAGGAGAGAACACUGUCUUGCGAGAGCAAGGAGGACAGAUGGACUCGAAUUUCUCAAAGCAGGCUGCAGAAGCAAGAGAGGGAAGUCUGCCUGUCUCAAAGCCUCCUGCAGACUGUGCCAAGGAACAUGCCACAGCAGAUCUUACAAGCAGCAAUGACAGGUUACUGACAUCAAAUUGCAACGAAGCAGUGCCAUCACCGGGUGCAGUGAAGGACAAAGAGGAGGCAAUAGCACAUGCUGAAUCUGUAGACAAAGGCCCCAAACACGACAAUAUUGCUGCCACUUCUCUGAAAAACAGUGAGAAUGAUCCCAGAAACCCAAGUCUGGAGUCCAGCCCUCCUGCAGCAGUUACAGAAACGCAAGGAGUCACACAAGUGAGUUGGAGUGAAUUGGGAUCGCUCUGGCAGAGUGAACAGCUGGGUGGCAUGAGGGAACCACAUGUCAGCCCGUUUCCCCAGGGUAAAGAUGCAGGAGAUUAUGUUACUGCUCAGGAGGCCAAGCAGGAGCGAGGAGUUUGGGAACUAGGUCAGCCACAGCAAGGUAGACAGAACACAGAUGGUGGAGAGGGUCUGCUAAUGAAAAAGGAAACCUUAAUCCUAAAUUAUCCAGCAAUGGGAGGCUCAGACAGUGAAAAAUUUGGAGCACUUGUGAACGCCGAGGGCUUCACUGAGACCAGCAAAUUCUGUAAUCUACAGAUGGGGGCUGUGACAACAGCUAAAGGGGAUGAGGCAACUCCAGUUCUAUCUGAAAGCAAAGGAGAGCCAUCAGAAGCCUGUACUUUAAUGACAGAGUUGCCUUCUCACCCUCCAAAUCUCUUUCUGGUAUCAAAGCCUGAAGAGCCUUCGAGGGAAUAUGUGCCUGGAAAUGACUCUCAAGAUCCAGCAAAGAGUGAAGCAGUGAAAACAGACUCUGAAAAAAUAGAACCCAUUUUUCAAAGAGAGCUUCAAAAGGAGGAUGAGCUUGUUAGUGCUGAGCAUUUCAGUGUGUCUUUAUCAUUUCAGAGAGAGGAAGUACAAAAAUCAGCUGUCACAACCAAAAGCCCAAAAGAUGAAGCCAGUAGCAAUGAAAUUAUAAAAGCUGAUGAUGUGUCUAGAGAAAGCACUGCACUUUCUGAAACUGAAAGCAUUAUCAGUCCCACCAAGGAAAAUUCCCUGGUAGAUAAAAGACUAUUACUGGAAGAAUGUGCAUUAAAUGUUUCUCUGAGCAGAUCCACAGAGCUAAAUCAAAAAGAAACUGAAGUGGGUGUGACAGGAGAAAAAAACAAACUCAGAACAGAGGAGGCCCAAGGGACAGAAACCAGUGAAUCACCUGAGGGAUCAAGUGGGGCAGAAGGACAAAUGUUGAGCUCUGUCAGUGGCCACCACCAGGACAAAGAUACCCACUUGGGACACAUUCCCAAAGAAUUCAGUCCAUGUGAAAAGACUUCAACAGGUGACCUAAGGGAAGGAGCUGGGAGAAAGCCUCUGAAUUUAGACAGUAGCUCAGAUUCAGGUUGUAAACCUGAACAACAAAUGAGUAAAGAGAAAACAGCUGUUUCAGAUGACCUGGAGAAUAAGCUUGUGGCUUCACUGCAGUUUCCAGGAGAGGGAUGCUCACUGAGUUUUGAUUGCUUUAACACUGAAGCAGAAGACAAAACUUUGGGGCAGCCAGGCUGUAACAGGACUGAAAAGGUUUGUUUAGGCAGUGCACACAGUUCACUGCCUCUCCACCCUGAGAACAAUAAUAUUAAGCAGAGUAAGCAGGAUGAAUCCUGGGAAAAGGCUUUUGCUGCAGAAAUUCUGUUAGAAUCUGAAUGCAAAGCUGAGAGUCAAGGAAGGCCUGAGAGCUACAGCAAGUCAGAAGAAAGUUCAAAGCUGUCCAAAGCAAAAUGUGAGCUCCAGGGCUUAAGUGAGUUGGCAAGGACUAUGGAUCUCAUGGCCAUACAGGCUGAGGAGGCCUCACAGGUUUCAGAAACCAAAGAACAGAUUGCUCACAUCACCAAAGUGCCUAACAGUGAUCCAGACCAAAGACCUGCAGCUACCCAGAGCAGUGACAUGGAUGGGAAAGAAAACGAGAGUAUUCAACAGCAGAAGCACCAAAACACGGUAAAAAGUCUUGCAGAGGACACAGAUGUGGCACCAAAAAGUGAAUGCAGCUCAGAUGUACUCACACGAGCCCAGCUGGAGCAAGAGGCUGCAGAAAGUCACAGAAAUACGCAGAUGGCUUGCUCAGAAACCUCUCAAGCUGUGGUCAGUACUUCAGGACUCACUCCUCAGCAAGUUCAGGUGGAGGAAGGGAGGGACAGCCCUGUCAGCGAACACAGCUGCCGCCCUGAGUGUGACACGUGCAGCUCUGCGGAGGCCCUGGAGUGCAGCAUCAGAGAAUUGCAAGAAAAUGCAGAUGUUCCAACGGCUCUUCCCCAAGCAGAACACGUGGAGAAGUCUGUGUCUGGUGCUGAUGGGAGUGACUGGAUUUCAAAUACGAGACUUGAACAACAGAAGCAGCAAAGCAGUCUGACAGCUGCCACACGAGCGGAUCAUCAGGAGCACAAAGAAACAGCUCUACAACCUGAGCGGCCGUUGGACCUAAACAAUCAUAGCAGCAUGCCAGAAAUACUUCUAAACAUUUCCACUGACCUUAAUAAAGACUCUUCUGUGCAAGGUACAGCCCUGAUCCAGUGUGACUCUGACAUAGCAAAAGAAAAGGACAAGGAUGAAAGCAGUGCUGUGGUGUCAGAGGAUAGGUGCAGCAGCGACCACGGGGAAAGUGUUUCUGGUGUGACUGUGCUUAAUUUGCAAGACUGCAACGAGCAAAACAAAACUGAUCUCAAGGGAGAAGGAAACUGCCUCAAUAAGCAAAACUCAGACAAGCUCAAGCAGGAUAAUAAUUCUUUGAUCUCAGCUAGUCAUCAUGAAGCAGCAUGUCACAGCGAUACGUUCUCUAAAGAAUCUAACAAGAAUGAAGAGCCAGGCAGCAUAUGCAGGAUAAAGGAUAAUACUGGUAAAAGCCCUGCUGCUGCUGCUAUAAACACGCUUCCACGGACACAGAAUUCAGCAAGUGCCAUUAACAUAUCACAGGCUUUGCCAAGGGAUGCAGAAAUAGCACAUACUUCUGAUAAUCCGGAGAAAAAUGAUCCCCAAAUAUCUCAUCCAGAAACUCAAAUGAAGGUGCCCUUAAUGGCACAAAAAGUGGAAAAGACUAAAGAUCUGGCUGCUGAUGGGGAAGUCAUCCAGAAAGAUGGAAACAUGCAGAUAAGUUGUGAGGACAAUGCCUCUGUAGCAGAAACAAGAAACGUGGAAAGUGGUACAAGUCCAGGGACACGAGAAUCUCCUUCACCACCACAGGCACACGGGGAAGUAAUUCCCACUGAUAAGACAUAUCAAUCCAGGUGCAUUCAAGGGACACCAGAGGAAGGUGGUUAUUGCCAAGCAGACUUUGCAGCCCUCUCUACAGUGACCUCUGCACUCAGCCAUCCUAACCAGCAACCUAGCAGCAACAGGAACAAUGGUACCAAGGGGGAGUUACUAAAUAAUGAACUGGAAGUUGUAGCAUGCCAAAACAACUUAGAAAGUAACUGUAAUUUGCAGAUUGCUGCAGGUUCUCAGGUGUCUGUGCACUUAGGUCAUUCACCUGGGGUGAGCACAGGUAAAUCAGCAAAUUCAGAAAAUAGCUCUGCAGGGAAUGUGAGUGUGAAUGAAAAAGAGGUUCCAGACCAGAGUUUUCAGGGUGAUGGAGACAGAAGUUUAUCUCUGCCAGAGAGUAUAAAUGUGGGACAGAGUACUGGAAACUUAUCACAGUUCAACUCUGAAAAGCUGAAGAAAGAGAUAUCUGCAAUUAAACCCAAAGAAACAAAAGGCGAAGUGAACUUCAAAGAACAGCAAAGUGACAGUUCAGCAGAGUCUCUGUUAGCUCUCCCUACUCCAGAAGGGAAGCUGCUGAGCCUUUCAUCUGUUGGUAAACAAGAAGGCUGUAACGAGGAAAUUGCAACCAAUAUCUGUGUAGAUGACAAGGAUGGGAAGAUCUUAGAGAAAGCUGGGAAUGCAGAAAAAGUGAAAGUGCAUUCAAAAGAAGAUAACAACAUAACCAGGGCAGAGACUGGUAUUUCUGAGCAGUCUGCAGAGCUCUCCGGAAGGGAGCAUGAGGCUCUGACUUGCAGCUCUCUGGACAUUGGCUCCAGUCUCCCAGACUUCAGGGAACAUAUCAGCCAGAUAUUUAAAAAAACUGUCCACAGCACACUGAGUGCUGAACUACCCCAACUUCUGUCUGAAAACCAUGCAGGCUUCAAGCAGAACCCAGUGGCCAAGGAUACAGCAGAACCGUGCAGUGCUGAGAACUUUUCAGAAUCAAGCAAGGCAGGAAAAGAAGCUCCCAAGGGCACAUCAGAAGCAGAGGGAGAAGACUUGUCUUUAGUUACUGAGACUUCCCACAAAGCUGCCAAGUGCAAAUCUCUGCAACAAGAAAAUACAGCAGCAGAGCUGCCACCAGCGAGCCUCCAGGACACUGAGAGGAACAGGCAUCCUGGUAGCUGUUUGGAAGUGGUCCCUAGCUUGGAUGGCUCUGCACCUGCUGAAUGUGCUCUGGGAAUUCUGCAAGAGCCAGACAAAACCACUGAGCAUCCCGAGAGCAGUGAGAUGGAAAGAGCAGAAGGUGUGUGUGCUGGUGGCAUUGAUCCUGAAUCGCUAAUAAGCUUAGAGAUAAAGAAGCAAGGUCUGUCUUCAUCUGAUGGGGCAGCAGCUGAGAACUUCCCUGCAUAUUCCAACAGUAAGCAGCAGCCCAGGGUAGCUGUUGUCUCUCCGGGCGAUGCACAGAAGAGGGACUUAGAAGAUGCUGCUGCCACAGAGGGAAAUAACUUAAUUACAGAGUAUAAUGCAGAACCAGUUUUGUCUGAAGAGAAUGUGAGUCUUCCUACUGAGCAGUGCCUGGAUCCUGAGCCAAAUGAACAGAAGAAAAGUGAGUAUGGUGAUCCAGACAUUGCCAGGAGCACCUCUGACAUGGCAGCUUCAACACUUGUCCCGGGAGGAUCUUACAAUCAUGAAAAAUUGCCAGACAAUUUCAAUGUGUCACCUGGGGAAGAUCAGGAGACAUGCAUUUGCAGCGAUUUUAUAUGCGAUAUUAAGUGCCAGAUGAUACAGGAUGAUCCAGUAAGUAGGAAAUGCUUGGAAGCACUGGAAAACUCACAAGAUGCACAGCAGGAAAAGAAAGCAACCGUGCAUGGGUUAAUAGAUUACUUGAAAACUGAAGUAAGCCAGGAUGAUUGCUUGCAAACUGACUCGAAACUAGAAUCUAGCAAUUUGACUGAAGGAGAUGUCAAAGAGAACAGUGACAUGGUGUUAAAUACAGCAAAGGCAGGUAACCAAAAACCUGGAGAUAUCCCUGAAACAGGUACUUCAAGGAUGUUAGUCACCGGUGAAGAUGACUUAGCUAUAAACACGAGCACUGAAGAGCAGGAGACAGACCCGUACAGAAAUCACUCUCCAGCGGUUGCUGUGAUGGAGCAGGGUGAGCAUCCUGCGUGUGCAGAUCGCACUGAUGCUGAAAAUCAGCCGAGCGGGAUGAAUUCAGAACAUGAAAGCUCACUUCAGGAUGCCAAAAGAAAGCUAUCACUGCUUGCAUUUACUGAGCCUAAGAACUGCGACCUCAGUGAACCUCGGGACAUGGCUGUGGCAGGAUUACUUGCUGAAAGCCCUCCUGGGCCAGGUGAUGAUACACAGUUGGCUUUUCCCCUUGAUCCUUCUGAGCAGCCCAUAGGUGUUUCUGCAGCGUAUGGGAAUGUUGCCUCCGUGGAUGCUGCUGAGCUGACUGCAGUGAGCACUUCCAAGCCUGAGAGCUGCAAAGAAGUUGAUAACCUCGUUUCUGAGGAUGUACCUUUGGCUGUGACCUCUGGUGAUGGUGUGCAACUGUCUGUUCAAACUGAAGGCUUCACAGAGGAAAAAAAGAGGAGCUCUGACUCUGAAGAAGCCUUUGAGACCCCGGAGUCCACUACACCAGUAAAGGCACCACCUUCACCUCCACAGCCACCCCCCGACGCGGCGGCAGCAGCAGCAGUUGUAACAGACAUAGCAGAACAAGAAAUAAAACCCCAGCUGCCCUUGGAAGACACAGGAUUAUGUUCAGAAGCUGUACCCGUAGCUGAUGCGUCCCACGGUGAAUCAGCUGAAGAAAGCCCUUUCCGUCCCCCUUCCCAUUCUUUUUCCACUGUCUUCGAUGAGGACAAGCCAAUAGCCAGCAGUGGGACUUACAACUUGGACUUUGAUAACAUUGAGUUGGUUGAUUCUCUCCAUGCCUUAGGACCGAGCUCCCCAGAUUCAAAGAAUCGUGACCCCAAAGUGAAUGUUCGAAGAAAAUCCACUGAUUCAGUGCCAGUUUCCAAAUCUACUUUGUCUCGCUCUCUCAGCUUGCAAGCCAGUGAUUUCGAUGGAGCAUCUUACCUUGGCAACAGUGAGACGUUAGCACCGGCAGCAGAUGUGUACGCUACUGGUUCAAGCAGUGCUUCCAGUACACUUAAGAGAACAAAGAAAUCCAGACCAGCUUCUUUAAAAAAGAAGCAGUCAGCAAAAAAGUCUCUGGAUCCUCCACCAGUGAAGGAGACACCACAAGAACCACCUGAGCUUGGCCAAGCAGCUUGUGCCCCAGGUGAGGAUAAAACCGUGUCUGAAGCAAAGGCUGACUCGGUAAAGCCUGAAUGUACUGAAUCUUCUACAGUCUCUGCUGAGAAACAGGAGGCCCCACCUGUGCCUGAAGGAUCCUGCCCUUUGGAUCCAGACAGCUUUGAAGGAAUUAGUGCAUUUAGCACUGGAGGUGGCAAAGUUCAAAACUCCCCCCCUGCCAAUAAGAAAACACUGCCUCUUACACCGGCCCCCGAGGCUGUGGACGUGACUCCGCCUGACACUGGGGGACAGGAAGAUCCUCCAGUCAAAGGCACUGCCGUGAGGCUGGAGUUUGAUUAUUCUGAAGAAAAAGGAGUGAGUGAAGACCAGCAGGAGAGCACUCCUCCUCCUAAAAAAGCAGGUAAAAAGCCUGGUGCUAAAAUGCCACUCCGGAGGCCAAAGACUAAAAAGUCGGUGGAAAAGCUUGACAACGCUCCAACCACACCGACCAAGUCACCCACGGAUCCAAAUGAAAUCCCUAUCACAAAAGGCUCUUACACUUUUGAUAUCGACAAGUGGGAUGAUCCCAAUUUUAACCCCUUCUCAUCUAAUACAAAAAUGCAAGACUCACCCAAACUGCCCCAACAGACAUAUAGUUUUGAGCCAGACACGUGCGAGGAUUCUAUUGACCCUUUCAAGUCGUCUUCUAAGAUAGCCAGCUCACCCUCUAAAUCUCCAGCUUCCUUUGAGAUACCAGCCAGUGCCAACGAAACAAAUGGAACUGAAGGAGACAACUUGAAUAAACCUGCAAAAAAGAAGAAAACGCCGCUGAAAACGAUGGUAGAAGAUGUGAUGUCUGUAUGUUCUCUGUUUGAUACAUUUAGGGUGAAAAAAUCACCAAAAAGAUCCCCACUGUCUGAUCCUCCUUCUCAGGAUCCCACUCCACUGCCUACUCCAGAAACACCUCCCGUCAUAUCCACGGUGGUUCAUGCGACAGACGAGGAGAAACUGGCCUCUUCAGUGACCAGUCAGAAAUGGACCUGCAUGACUGUGGACCUGGACACGGAUAAGCAGGAUUACCCACAGCCAUCUGACCUGUCCACGUUUGUGAAUGAGACCAAGUUCAACUCUCCCACAGAGGAAUUGGAAUAUGGCAACUCAUAUGAAAUAGAAUAUAUGGAGAAAAUAGGCUCCUCUGUGCCUGAUGAUAGCACCCCGAAGAAACAAUCUUUAUACCUAAUGUUUGAUGCACAGCAGGAGAGCCCAGUCAAAUCACCUCCCAUCAGGCUGUCUGAUUCCACAACACCGUGCUCAGGGUCAAGUUUUGAAGACCCUGAAGCCCAGCAAUCCUCUGGAAUGAAAAUACAGCAUCCAGCUUCCCGAGUUCUGGCUUCCAGCCAAGAGACACACUUACAGUCACCUGACAAGUCAAAGCAGAAAGACUUAGAGCCCAUGACCCUAGGAACAACUCCAGAGGCUAUUGAAAUAACAUCUCCUGAAGACUCCUUUGUCUCUGCUGAUGCUCUUCUCAAUAGGAUAUCUAAGAAAACCUCAAUAUGUGAUCAACCUGAAUAUCUAGAUCCUGACUUAGCAGAAAAGAACCCCCCAGUAUUUGCUCAGAAACUCCAGGAGGAGUUAGAGUUUGCUGCAAUGAGGAUAGAAGCACUGAAGUUAGCCAGGCAGAUUACCUUGUCUUCUUUCCGCUCCAAGAGAGAACCUGCUAUCCCAGCAGAUGUUUCCAUCUCUAAAAGUGCACUGUACUCGCGGAUCGGCGCCUCGGAUGCAGAGAGCACCGCGGCUCUUCUCUACCCCCAGCAAGAUGUAGACUCUGCCCUGCGACUCGCCAGAGCAGAGAUUGUGGCCAAGGAAAGAGAAGUAUCUGAGUGGAAAGAGAAAUAUGAAGAAAGCAGAAGGGAAGUGAUGGAGAUGAGGAAAAUAGUUUCCGAAUACGAGAAGACGAUUGCUCAGAUGAUAGGCAAGCCUGAGGAUGAACAGAGAGAGAAAUCUGUCUCCCAUCACACUGUCCAGCAGCUGAUAGUGGAGAAGGAACAAGCUUUGGCAGAUCUGAACUCAGUGGAGAAAUCACUGGCAGAUCUUUUCAGGAGAUAUGAAAAAAUGAAGGAAGUGUUGGAGGGGUUUCGGAAGAAUGAAGAAGUGUUAAAGAAAUGUGCACAGGAGUAUUUAUCACGAGUAAAGAAGGAAGAGCAGAGGUACCAAGCACUCAAAAUCCAUGCUGAGGAAAAACUGGACAGAGCCAAUGCUGAAAUUGCACAAGUGAGAGGCAAGGCUCAGCAAGAGCAAGCAGCGUAUCAGGCCAGCCUUCGUAAAGAGCAGCUGAAAGUGGAUGCCUUGGAAAGAACACUGGAACAAAAGAAUAAAGAGAUAGAAGAAUUAACAAAGAUUUGUGACGAACUGAUUGCCAAAAUGGGGAAAAGCUAACUUUUAACCAAACCUCUGGACUUCCAUAGCGAGUGCAAUAUGACCACUGGCACACUGAUGUCCAUACCUUUAUGUGGACAGGUUCUAUUUUCACUUUUUUCGUAUGCACUACUGUAUUUUCUUUCUAAAUAAAGUUGAUUUAACUGUA